GCUGGUGCUGCUGCUGCCCCCGGCAACCAGCAGGGCACUGCAGGCUCUUCUUCGGCUGCUUCUGGCGCUGCGUCAGCGUCUGGAUCUGCAGCGCCAACAGGUCAGAGCGGUUCCGAAUACGGUAAAGUCAAAAUUGGCGCUGUACCGGCAUCUGUCGAAGAAAUCAAGCUGCGGCAGGAGGCGCUGUCGAAAAACUCGGACUUGGCAAAGCUCCACAAGACGCUGGUCAUUGCGGGUCUUAUAUCUGAAGACGAGUUUUGGAGCACGCGCAAGCACAUACUGGAGACGCAAGCGAUCCAGUCCCAGCUGCGCAAGGGCGAGUCCUCCACAUGGCUUGACCUUGCGCCAAUGACGCAGGCCUCGGGCGACUUCAAAUACACGAUCACUCCCAAUGUUGCCCGGCGCAUAUUCAAGGAAUACCCACAGGUCAAGAGAGCGUACAUUGAUAAUGUGCCACACAAGGUCAAUGAGAAGCUGUUUUGGAAAAAGUUUGUCGCUUCACAGUUCUUCAACCGCGGGCGGUCGGCGGACAGCGCAAAAGGCAAUCGGGACGACAUUUUUGACAAGUGCAUGCGGGAAGAGGACAGCGUGUUCAACAACACCGCGAGGUACGACUUGGACCAUCUCACAAAGCUGCUUGACUUGACGCGCACAGAGGAGGAUAGCGUGGAGACAGGGAAUGCGCCCGACUUUACCAUGCGCCCGGCACUCAUGGACAACAAGCUGUCACUCCUUCGGAGAUUCAACCACCACUCGGAGCUGGUCUUGCAGUCUGUGCUCAACAGCAAGCGCAAGCAGACGGACAACGACCAUAAGGCUGUCGACAAAACGCUCGAGGAGGCGACACAUCUGGAAGACCUCGAGACGCCCCACCCUGAAAAGAAGAUCAAGCUGAGCAUUCAGGACAGAACGCGAUACUUUACCAGUCUAUCCAAGGGGGCAAGCGACUCCAAGCAGAGCCAGGGAUCUCAUAACUUGGGUCACACCGAUCCAGGCUCUGCAUGUGCCCCACUACAUGUCAGCUUCAAUAUAUCCCGCCCCUUGGAUAACUGCGGCGACACGCAAAAGACGAUGGACAUUAUUUCGCACUCGGCGCACAUAAUGGCAUUACAAAAGCGCCCAAAUCGCAUACAGGAGCUGCGCAUACCGGACGAUAUCAACUUGGCUGUCGCCGAGUGCCACGGUGCGGGCACUGAGAUGCUCCGCCACCUAUGGUCACUGAUCCGCUUGCCGCCAACACCUGAGCGCCAGAAGCGCGCCGAGAAGAUUGCCGCGGCAUUUGACGGCGUCCAUGCGCGAAUUCGCGACACCAUAGCCAGAGCAAACACAGCUGACAGCAAGAACGCCAAGCUCGGGCCUAUUGUGGAGAAGAUGCUGCAGCCCAUCGCGCACUCGCUCAACGUCGGAAAAAGUACAUUUGAGAAUCGCCCCAGGGCAAAAGCAACGACUUAGAUAAAAAUGUUUACUAAUAUUUUGAAUAUUAAUAUUAAUACCAAUAUUGAUUUUAUUUGGAAAA